AUGCCGGCUUUCCAAUCCGGGCAGGAGACCAGGCGUUCCAACACGCAAAUUAAAGAGCUCGGUCGUGUCACCACGCCAACGGGCAAUGGAACCAAGUUGCUGACAUACAACAUCACCACAGCCAGCCCCGGCGAACUGUCGGCGUCCACCACUUCCGUGACGUGGGUCAAGUCCGACCAGGACGGUGACUUCAUCACCCAAGGGGAGGACGGCUCCUUUGUUUUUGAGAACGUUGUCACCGGGAACAAGACGACUUUCUUGUCGGCCGACAAGAUUCCUGCCGACUACCAUGACUACCAAAUCUCGCCGGACCGCUCCAAGGUGCUCUGGGCCGUCAACUACACCAAGCAAUAUCGGCAUUCGUACUUCGCAGCCUACCUAGUGCAGGACGUUGCAACUGGGCAAACCGAACCCCUCGUGGGGGACUUCAAGGGUGACAUCCAGUACGCCACCUGGAACCCUGCAUCGUCAUCGCAGAUUGCCUUUGUUCAGGGGAACAAUCUCUUCAUCUGGGACCAGGGCAAAACGAGCCAGAUCACCAACAACGGCGGGCCAGAUAUGUUCAACGCAGUUCCCGAUUGGGUCUACGAGGAGGAGAUUUUCGGUACCAACCAUGCCCUGUGGUACUCGCCCGAUGGACAAUACAUUGCCUUCCUGAGCUUCAACGAGACGGGUGUCCAGACCUUCACCAUUCCCUACUUCAUGGACAACCAGAACGUGCCCCCGUCCUACCCGCGCGAGCUCAAGCUGCGUUAUCCAAAGGUUGGAACAAAGAACCCCACCGUGGCUCUCAAUCUUUUCGAUGUCAAGUCGAAAUCCCUCGCCCCGGUGCCCAUCGAUGCCUGGCCUGCAGACGAGCUGAUCGUCGGUGAAGUCGCCUGGGUAACGGACGGCCACGACAAGCUCAUCUACAGGACUUUCAAUCGAGUGCAGGAUCAUGAGAAGCUGAUGCUCGUUGACACUAAGACCAAGACAUCGACCGUCACGCGAGAGCGCGACGGCUCCGACGGAUGGCUGGACAACAACCAGGCAAUUACUUACAUUGGCCAAGUCAAACGGAAAUCCGACCGAGAGGAGCGCAGCAAGAACCAUGACAAGUACUAUCUUGACCUGUCAGACGCCUCUGGCUGGAACCACCUCUACCUCUUCACCCUCGACGGCCGCUCCAAUAUCACCCUCACCUCGGGCUCUUGGGAGGUCGCCUCCAUCCUCAAGGUUGACACAGCUCGUGGCCUGGUCUACUACACCUCUACCGAGUCCCAUCCCACCGAGCGUCAUGUGUAUUCCGUCUCCUUCAUCACCGGCAAAAAGACACCCCUCGUCGACCCCUCCAUCCCCGCCGUCUGGUCCGCCUCCUUCUCCUCCCAAGGCGGGUACUUCAUCCUACGCUACGCCGGCCCGGACGUACCCUAUCAAGAACUCUACUCCAUCACCAACACAACCACUCCGCUCCGCACCAUUAACGCCAACGCCAAACUCCACGCCGCCCUCCAAUCCUACCACCUCCCCAACAUCACCUACCUCGAUAUCCCCCACCCAUCCGGCUUCAACCUGAGCGCCAUGCUCCGCCUCCCAGCGUCCUUCGACCCUUUCAAGAGAUAUCCGGUCUUGCUCACCCCCUAUGGCGGCCCCGGCGCGCAGGAAGUUAACAAGGCCUUCAAGCCACUCAACUGGAACGCGUACAUCGCGUCGGACCCGGAACUCGAAUACAUCACGCUGACGGUCGACAACCGUGGGACGGGCUACCGCGGGCGGGCGUUCCGGUCGGCGGUGGCGGGCCGUUUGGGGGAGUUGGAGGCGCAGGACCAGAUAUGGGCUGCGAAGUGGCUUGCAGAGCAGAGUUCGUGGGUAGAUCGGGAGAGGAUCGGGAUUUGGGGGUGGAGUUAUGGUGGGUAUUUGACGGCUAAGGUCGUUGAGGUUGGGGAUGAGGCGAUUGCGUUUGGGCUGGCGACGGCGCCGGUGGCGGAUUGGAGGCUUUAUGAUAGCAUGUAUACGGAGAGGUACAUGAAGACACCCGAGUUGAAUGGAGAGGGAUACAAUAAGUCGGCGGUGAGGGGGGUGGAUGGGUUUAAGGGGUUGAGGGGCGGUUUCUUGGUUCAGCACGGCACCGGAGAUGACAACGUCCACUUCCAGAAUGCUGCGGCUUUCGGAGAUUUGUUGAUGGGCGGCAGAGUUGGGCCGGAGAAGUUGGAGGUGACGUUCUUCACGGACUCGGACCACAGCAUUCGGUACAAUGGGCAGAAUGCGUUUGUGUACAAGCAGCUGACCAAGAAGCUGUUCGAGGAGAAGAACAGGGUGGCUGCGGAGGGCCAUCAAUGGAGCAAGAGGGGGAAAGGGAGAUCUUGGAGGGGUUGA